UUGGCCAAUCCUUCGAGGUAGAUUGUGUAGCUGCACAUCAAGCCUCACGUAAAGUCCGCGACUACUAGAGGCUGCAUUCAAGCGACAGAAUAUAUAAGUUGCAUGCAAGUCUGCUGCUAAUCGAGGGAGCAAAACGGAAAUCUCUCAUCUGAAAAUCUAUCAAGAUCCUGAUAUCGAUUCGAAAUUCAUUUGUCUAUUUCAUUGCCCCUAAGUCGAAUUCGUCUUCCAUCAUGCGCGUCUUCGUUACAGGUUCGACUGGCUUUGUUGGUGAAGCUGUGGUGAAAGAACUGCUUUCUGCAGGACAUACGGUCCUCGGUCUAACUCGCAGUGACAAAGGAGUGGAGCAACUGAAAAGUCAAGGGGCGGAGGCCGUGAAUGGUACCAUCGAGGACUUGGAGGUCCUCAAGAAAGGCGCUUCUCAGUGUGAUGCCGUUAUCCAUCUAGCUUUCGUCCACAACUUUACUGAUUUCGUGGGCUCCUGUGCUACAGACCGGGCUGCCAUCACUGCAAUGGGUUCAGUCUUAGCUGCCGCUGGUGGCGAUCGUGCUUUGGUCAUCACCUCCGGGACCAUGAUGUUGGAAAAGGGCAAAUUGGGUGAUGAGGACGAUGGGCCUGAUAUGACCAACCCCAUGGGUGCAGCCCGAGGCGCUUCAGAGCCAGUGUGUCUCCACUUUGCCAAGCAAGGUGUGCGUGCCAGCGUUGUGCGUCUUCCACCUACAACCCAUGGUUAUGGACAGUCAGGCUUCAUGGGCCCAUUCGUCAGUGUUGCUUUGCAGAAGGGUGUCUCCGCGUACGUUGGGGACGGUCAGAAUCGUUGGUGCGCUGGCCAUCGAGAUGAUGCUGCUAAGCUGUUUCGUCUGGCAAUGGAGAAAGCCAAGCCUGGGUCCAUCUUCCAUGCUGUAGGAGAGGAAAGUGUGAUGCUGAAAGACAUUGCCGCGGAGGUCGGGAAGCAGUUGAACAUUCCUGUUGUCAGCAUCUCAACAGAGAAAGUGGAGGAUCAUUUUGGAUGGUUUGUGUUUGGUGCUGGGGCUGACAAUCCGGCCUCCAGCGCAAAGACGAAGGAGCGGCUGGGAUGGACUCCUACUGGUCUGACGGUGAUCGAAGAUGUCCCCAAUAUUGUCAAGUACAUGAAGAGCCAGGAAGCUUGAAAUGGAAGGCUUGAAAUGGAAGGCUUGAAAUGGAAGGCUUGAAAUGGAAGGCUUGAAAUGUAAACAUAGUUGGCUUUGUAUAGCUAAAGACCCGUUCGCGCGUCUUCUAAAAUGACCAAGGC